UGCCCCACGCCGCCAGCAGCGGUCAGUGGGGGCGGCAUCCAGCCCUUUCCUCCUUCAAGGAGGCGGGCCUGUAGCGAAGGCUGCGCAGCAGGCACCCAGCGGAGUAAUGAUCCCGACGGCCUCCACCCGGCAUUUCGCGCGCGACCGUACGGACGGCCGUUAACGGGCACGGCUGGAGGGCGCGCGCCCGCCUCCCUCCGUCCCCGGCCGGCUCGCGCCCUCUCACAGGAUGGGCGGGGGAGAGGAGCCGCUGCCUUGGCAGCAGCCGGGACGCGGAGAGUCUCUCGCCUCAACUUGGCUUGGAGGGUGGCGCCGCCAUGCUGGGGGCCGAGAACCCCUUCCCCCGCCCCAGGAGAGAAGCUUGGCCCGAGCUCGUGGAGGACCCUUCGCCGCCGGGGAGCGGGGCGGAAGGCUCGGCUGGGCAGGGGAUUGCCGCCACCACCUCUUCCUCCUCCUCCUCCUCCUCGAUGGCGCAUCGGUGGGGGGAGGAGGAGGAGGAGGAGGAGGAGAGGCGGGGGGCGUCCCCCCUGGACAGAGACCCCCCGCGCGGCGGGGAGGCGGCCGGGGGCGAGGAGGAGCCGCUCCUUAGGGGCAUCUUCCAGGUCGGGAAGAGGAGCUGCGACGUGGUGCUCAGCGCCAGGCAGCUCAGGUGGAGCCCCAUCCAGCCCGAGAGCCGCGGGGGUCAUUCCAAUAUGAACGUACCCUGUAAAGAGGAAUCUGUUGAAAUGAAAGAUAUAUUUUCUGUAAAAUUGAAACGUCGUCGUUUUGCAGGACAGAAGAAAGGCGGUGUGUUGUUAGGUAUCACAGUUUUUGUAUGCCUGAAAAAAGAAAAUAAACUAAAGGACUCUGCCGUCAAUUUUAAUAAUUUAAGUGAAGACCACUGCCAUUCCUGGUUUAGAUGUUUGAAGGAAAUUUUGAACGGCUUUCCAAAUAGACCAAAGUCCCUAAAAGUAUUUGUUAACCCAAACAGUCAUAAAAGAGAAGCUACUCAUGUUUAUUACGAACAAGUUGCACCUCUCUUUAAGCUUGCUGACAUCAAAACUGACGUCACAGUAACUGAAUAUGAAGGACAUGCUCUCUCAUUGCUAAAGGAAUGUGAACUCCACGCAUUUGAUGGGGUGGUUUGUGUUGGUGGCGAUGGGUCUGCCAGUGAGAUAGCUCAUGGUCUACUACUUAGAGCUCAGAUGGAUGCUGGGAGAGAUACAGAUUACAUUCUUUCACCUGUCAGAGCACCACUUCCUCUUGGCAUUAUACCAGCAGGUUCCACUAAUGUUUUGGCUCAUACUCUUCAUGGAAUCAACCAUGCAGUAACUGCAACAUUACAUAUUAUAAUGGGACAUAUACAACCAGUGGACAUCUGCACUUUCAGUAGUCCAAGCAAGCUUCUUCGUUUUGGGUUCUCAGCUAUGUUUGGUUUUGGUGCAAGAACUCUGGCUUUGGCAGAAAAGCAUCGCUGGAUGCCCUCCAACCAGCGGAGAGAUUUUGCUGUAAUUAAAACACUGGCAAGUCUAAAGCCAGAGGAAUGUGAGUUAUCAUUUCUACCUCUGAAAAAUUUGCUGCAGAGCUCCCAGGAGAAUGUUACAAUGAAGAAAGAGAGACUUAAAAAAUCUGACAGCAAGGUUCAGUGGCACACAAUCCAAGAUCACUUCCUGAAUGUGAGCAUUAUGGCAAUCCCAUGUCUAUGUUCAAUGGCACCAAGAGGCUUGGCACCUAAUACCAGGUUGAAUAAUGGUAGCAUGGCUCUUAUUGUUGUACGAAACACUUCUCGGGCAGAGUUUAUAAAACAUCUGAAAAGAUAUGCCAGUGUAAAAAAUCAGUUUAAUUUUCCCUUUGUUGAGACCUAUGCAGUUCAGGAAGUAAAAGUCCAACCAAGAACUAAAAUUGGGUAUGACACUGAAGAAAAUGUGUAUUUGCAUACUACUUCUGCAGAAGGGAAUUAUCCUUGGAAUAUAGAUGGAGAUUUAAUGGAAGGAGCAUCAGAGGUUCACGUUCGGGUGCACCCACAACUUAUUAAUCUUUAUGGAGUGAGCAUUGAUGAACUGGAUGAUUCCAAAGCAACGUGCACUUGUCUGUAGAAGAAAUUUAUGAAGAAAUGUGUUUCAUGGUGCAGGUUCUACAUAAGACUCAUUUUCAUCUUUAAACAGCUAUUUAAGGCCCAUUCCUUCACCCACUGAAGUCCAAGGACCAAGACUGAAAUUAGGAUGUUUAUAUAGAACUAACAAUAUUACAAAGAUUUUUAUCAAGUAAAAUAAUUGUAAUUAUCAAACAAAAUGUUUAUAGUUUUAAGCUUAAAAAAACCCUGAAAAUAAAUACAUUGACAAAUA